AUGUCUGGUACCAAUUGUCAAGGUUUCGAGUUUGUAUCUGGUGAAGAGACAAAUCGCGAAAACGAAAUCUGUAAAAGCCCAACAUCUGAGGCCUACACUUUGAUCAAAUUCACUAGGUCUUUCGACUGCUACACCUCCAUAACAUACAUCAAAAGUAUCCAAAGCGUUCCUGAAGUUAGUGUCGUCCACGAUCGGACUACUCGGCACUCGCCAACCCAAAGUCCAGAAUCGCGGGGUAGCUUCACCAUUUACUCCACACCCAUCCACGUGCCAGAUAACACCCCCAAUCGGUCCGCCACGCACAUUUUGUACUUAUUCGGCACCAGCCAAUCGCAUACCCGUCUAUCCGAUUCGACCAAACUCGCCAUAUCUCGAUGCGAGAUACACGCGAACGCGACCAGAUACCAAUAUCUCAAGUAG